GGGAAGAGCAGAACUGUUUGCUCAGAGACCGAUCCUGCUGUAGGUACCAGGAGCUUGUCUCCUCCCCUGUGAGUUAACCCCACCCUCUGUUUUUAUGCUCUGGGCUAUUUUGGGCAGGCAGCGAGAAGUGCAGCUCUGACAGAUGAGGAUUCUGUACCAGAGCACAGCAGCACUUGUUGCUCUGAAGAAGUACAGCCCUGCGGCGGGGACCGCUCCUCCGCUGCCUGCAAUUUGCCUUUUAUUUAUUUAUCCACCUGCAAACUUGCCUUCACCACCGGUUUCGAGUUUUAUUGUUGCGAGUGAUGUUUUAAAAGCUUGGCAGAGCUUUUUUUGGAAGGGAAACCCACCCGCUGUGGGGCUGAAACCUCCUUUUGCCACUUAAUAGCGGGAGAUCAGCUGGUGGCCUUGGGGGUGAAAAAUGACAGACUCUGUUCGUGCUAAUGGGGAAGGAAAGGACCCUGAAAUCGAGCUCUUUGUCAAGGCUGGUAUAGAUGGAGAAAGCAUUGGGAACUGCCCGUUCUCCCAGCGUCUCUUCAUGAUCCUCUGGCUCAAAGGAGUUGUGUUCAACGUCACCACUGUUGACCUGAAAAGAAAGCCAGCUGAUCUACACAAUCUGGCUCCUGGGACCCACCCACCUUUCUUGACUUUUAAUGGAGAAGUCAAGACAGAUGUUAACAAGAUUGAGGAAUUCUUGGAAGAGACUCUUGCACCUCCAAAAUAUCCCAAGCUGGCUGCUAAGCACCGGGAAUCAAACACUGCUGGAAUCGAUAUCUUCUCCAAAUUUUCUGCAUACAUCAAAAACACCAAGCAGCAGGAUAAUGCUGCCCUUGAAAAAGGUUUGGUGAAGGCUCUGAAGAAGCUGGAUGACUAUCUGAGAACCCCACUGCCGGAGGAGAUUGAUGCAGACGCACUUGAAGAGGAGAAGGUGUCUAAACGCAAGUUUCUGGAUGGCGAUGACCUGACCCUUGCUGACUGUAACCUUCUGCCCAAACUCCAUGUUGUCAAGAUUGUUGCAAAGAAAUACCGCAACUUUGAGUUCCCAACAGAGAUGACGGGCCUUUGGCGGUACCUGAAGAAUGCAUAUGCCAGGGAUGAAUUCACCAACACCUGUGCAGCAGACAAAGAAAUUGAGCAAGCCUAUGCAGAUGUGGCCAAGCGGCUUAGCAAGUCCUAACUGACCCCAGCAGUGGCUCAGCAUCCCUGGGGGAUUCCCAUUUUACAGACACUUCUCCUUGUUGCCUUAAGAUAUAUUUUAUCAUUAUGCUAUCUGGUUGGCAUCCCUAUGACUUCACCUGUUCAAGUGUAUUGGUCAGGGCAAAUCUGCCUCUCCCCACAGAAAGGAGAAGGCAGCUCUAGCAUGAUGGGUGGAGACCCUUUGAAAUCUGAACCUACAAUCUGACAUAACUAGUAUUACUCAUAAUCAGUAUUGGAAAUGAGUCCACUUUUAGUUCCUGUUUCAUGUUGGGGUAUACCAGCACCUGUUUUCUUUGGAGUUUUGAAAAUAUUAGCUGAAAGCAAGUCAGCUAGGGACAUGUAGAACUGGUUCUUCUGCAGGCUAUUUCAAGGACGCUUUUUUACAAUGCUAUUGAAAUUCUUGAGGCAGGAACAAAAUAUGAGAGAGGGAAAAAAAAAGAGUUUGACCCUAAAAGAGUAAUGCUCUUAGCAGUUAUAUUUAAAAAAAACCUCUCUGAAUGCAUUUUUUGUCUUAGCAGGCCCAAGAGUUUAUAGGGUAUUUAUUUUUAACUUGGCGCAAGAGGGGGAAGCCUGAGUGAAUAUGUCAGACUUGCAGAUGCUACUUUGCAUAAAAUUUGCAUGAUGCUGCUGGAUCCAAAAUUUUAAAGUAAAAGAGAGUGAAUGAGCAAUUGAGCAGGCAGCCCUUGGAAGAGUGGUGCUAAUGCCAAAAUGCCCAGUGGAUCUGCUAGUUGGUAGAGACAGCACUAAGGGGGGCAGCAUAUUGAGUCAAGCCCAUAGCCAGAAUUGGCACAGCUAACCAAACCACCUAGGAUAUCAUCGUCUUGACUGUACAGCUGCCAGUUCCUUUAUACUGCUAUCUUGGGAAACAUGCAUAGGCAGGAGCAAGCUGUUGCUGCAUUCAAAUUCCAGACAGGGGAAGCACUUUCCUCACUUUGGCUCCAGAUGGGUCACCUUCAAACGCUCAUCAUCUUACCAGGGAGCUGUACACACUGAUAGCCUCAAAGAGGGCAGGCUGAACAGAGGAGGAGGAUAUUUCCAGCCAGAAGAUUGGUAAGCACACUAGCAGAAAGCCACGCAUGAUGCCUUAGUCCGCUCCUCCAAGGUUCAGCCACUGAGGUUAAAUGAUUCUGGAUUGGUUUCUGUAACGCCUAUUAUUUUGUCCUAUCUGGAGCAUCUGCCCUGAAACAAUCUGCUUGGAGUAGUGAUUAUUUGCACUUACUGUAGCAAAUCCAGAAGACAGCUCUUUUGCAUAAAACCCUUAUGCCCUAAUAUGUAUCAUAGUGUACAUGGCUCUCAGUUUCAGUUUAGGAACACUUACGAUUGCUUUUCAAAGACGAAAUAAAGCUGAGCUCUCAC